AUGUCUCUUAUUCCUGGCCAAGGUACCUACGGAACUAUCUCGAGAUCGAACUCGACCUCUUCGGGCGGACACAUCAGCAGCCAUUCUAGCGAAAGCCCUGGACUGCUCUCUCCAAAUCAAUUGCACCGCAUUUCUCCAGGACAUGAUCAGGACGCAACCGCCGUCAUAAAUCACGCUGAAAACGAUGUUGAAACAACACCUUCAACUUCUCUUGCGCUAUCGAAGCCGAGCAGCGUACGCGAUGCAAAAGAUGCGCGGUCUAUAUUCUCCCAUCAUGCAAGCCGUUGGAAAUCUCUGCUUUCAGCUCUUGGGCAUUACCUUCGUGCCCGAAGCCUGGACGGCACGCCCACUGAUACCAGCAAUCUUAGACGAUCCCAAGUCUCUGCCGUCUCGAUCCUCUUGAAAGUCAUAGAUCUUCUGAAAGGAACCGUCUUUCAGACAGCUCGGUUCCAGCAGGAGUUCGAAAAUUUCGCCACCAAGACCCAUUUUAGCCUCGGGACCGAUUUGAGUAUCACAGAAGACUUCCUUAACAACGUCCUAACAAAUAUCACCCUCUCCGCCCUUUCCUUGGAACAUGCUGGGACAUGGUACCUGUAA